CGCACGCCGCCUGCUGGUCCGUCACUAACGCCUCACGCAAAAAAAGCUGACGUACUCGGGAAAAAGAUUAGGAUAUUUCGACGGAGACGAGCGCCCGAUCCGACUAAUUGACUCCCCCGCCCCAGCAGCCAAGCCAUACAGACAAGAUCGCCCCGUUCCAGGAUUCCCGGGAUCCCAGGGAUGCGACCUCUGGGGACGAAAAACAGCGGAUAAGUUAGCUGUGCGUGUGCGUGUGUGUGUAUGUUCGCUUCGAGUCUGUAAAAAGCUGGAAAAUUGUUGCUGCGCAGCGGAGGAAUAUAUAUAUAGAACACUAAGCAGCAGAACUGGCAUGACGAAGAUCAAGACGAGGCUAAAGACAGAGGCUUGAGAUACCAACCAAGAAAUCGGUGGCUUAAACAACCAAAAUUCCAGUGCCUUUGUAGCAGCAACAAGGUGUGCGUGUGUGCGUGCGUGUGUUGGUUGCCUGCGCAGUGUUGUUGUUGCCGUUGCAGUUGCAGCGUUGCAAUUGUUGUUGUUGCUGGUGUGACACAACAGUAACAAAAUAUUGAGCCGCCGAGCAAAACACAUGAUGUGGUCGUUUUUCUCGCGCGACUCCUCAAAAGACUUUCCCUACGACAUUGGCGAACCCGUGGGCGGUUUUGAUCAGUACUCCAUAUGGACACUGCACAAGGCCAAGAGGAAGACCACCCAGGAGGAGGUCUCCGUCUUCGUCUACGACAUCCGCAGUGGAUCGGAUACCAAGUGCGAACUGGCCAAGGCAUCGCUGAAGCGGCUCAAGACAUUGCGUCAUCCCAGCAUCCUGCAGUAUCUGGACUCGCUGGAGACGGACAAGAUGCUCUAUGUGGCCACAGAGGCGGUGGAUCCGCUAGGAAGCUACUUUGCCAAGCUGGGCAGCGAUAAUCUCCAGAAGGGCCUCUACCUGGCCUGGGGCAUCUUCCAAAUCACUCGGGCCCUGUCCUUCCUCAACAACGAUGGCAAUCUGCGGCACAACAAUGUCUCCGCCUGGUCGGUGUUCGUCAAUGCCUCUGGCGAGUGGAAACUGGGCAGUCUGGAGUAUGUCUCAGCGGCCGAUGGAAAUCCCAUGCCGCCCGCCAAGAUUCCCGUGACCCUGGAGGUCUACGAUUCACCCGAGAAGAACGAUCAGAGCAAGCUCAAGGCGGCCACCAAGUGUUCCGUGGACAUGUGGGGCCUGGGCUGUCUGGUGUGGGAGGCCUUCAACGGCGUGCUCAAGCAGCGCUCCAACCUCAAGGACAUUGAACACAUACCCAAAUCCCUGCAAUCGCUCUACUGCGAGCUGGUGGGAGCCUCGCCUUCGAAUCGCCCCAAUCCGGCGGACAUUAUCACACGUUGCCGCAAGCCAGGAGGCUUCUUCAAGAACGAUUUGGUGGACACACUGCUCUUCCUGGAGGAAAUCCAAAUCAAGGACAAGGCGGAGAAGAAUCGCUUCUUCAGCGGCCUCACCACGCAUCUGGACAACUUUCCGGACAAUGUGUGCAGGCACAAGAUACUUCCACAGCUGAUAACAGCCUACGAGUACGGAGAUGCGGGCUCCGCGGUGCUGGCACCAAUGUUUAAGCUGGGCAAACUGCUGGACGAGGUGGAGUACCAGAAACGCAUUGUGCCAUGUGUGGUCAAGUUGUUUGCUUCCACGGAUCGUGUGACGCGAUCGCGCCUGCUGCAGCAGCUGGACCUGUUCAUUGCGCAUCUGCAGCCACAGGUGGUCAACGAUCAGAUUUUUCCCCAGGUGGCGCACGGGUUCCUGGACACCAAUGCCACCAUACGCGAGCAGACGGUCAAGUCGAUCAUCCAUUUGGCGCCCAAGCUCAACUACAACAAUCUGAAUGUGGAGGUACUGCGUCACUUUGCCAGGCUGCAGGCGCGGGACGACCAGGGUGGAAUUCGCACUAAUACGACUGUGUGUCUGGGCAAGAUUGCGCCGCACUUGCAUCCGCAGGUGCGCCAGCGUGUGCUGGUCUCUGCCUUUAUUCGCGCCAUGCGGGAUCCUUUCCCUCCCGCAAGAGUGGCGGGAGUCUUAGCGCUUGCCGCCACACAGCAGUACUUUUUGCUCAGCGAGGUGGCCAACCGGGUGCUGCCGUCACUGUGUUCCCUCAGCGUCGAUCCGGAGAAAACUGUGCGCGAUCCGGCGUUCAAAACCAUCCGAGGAUUUCUGGGCAAGCUGGAGAAGGUAUCCGAGGAUCCCAGUUUGCGGGAGACGAUGGAGGCGGAUGUCCACACGGCCACGCCCUCGAUUGGCAAUGCGGCGGCCACCUGGGCGGGAUGGGCGGUGACGGCCGUCACAGCCAAGUUCUAUCGCAGCCAAAGUGAUUCGUCGCGACCACGACCGCCUUUAACUGGACGCAAUCUGUCCAAGCCAGCGUCGCUUGAGCAACCAUCGAGCAGCAGUUUAUCGACCACCACAAGUAGUGUUACCUCAAUGACGUCGCUGGAGCAUGAAAGCAAUGACACCUCCGCCUCGGCCUCUGAUUAUGGCAACAACGAUUGGGACAACGAAAACUGGGGCGAAAUGGAUACCUCUCAGGAUCCCAGCAGUCCGCUGGCAGCCAGCUCCAAUAAUGGCGCCUUAAUGGCGGCCAAUGCCUUGAGCGAAGUGCGCGAUGGCUGGGACAACGAGGAGUGGGGCAGUCUUGAAGAGGAUCCGUGCGAGGAGGAGGAGCAAGCGGAGCAGGAGCAGCAGCAACAGCAGCUGGCCAGACAAUCUAUAUCAUCCACCACGUCAUCCAGUCAGCAGCACCAGCGUCCUCUGCUGCCACAUCAGCAGCAACAGCAUCCGCAUCAGCAGCAGCUGCAGCAGCACGAACUGAACGAUCUGAUCGAGCCGCUGGCCAAGCUCAACUCACACGUCACCUCGCCGUCGAAGCAAUCGAUGCUGCGGCCCAAGGAGCUGCCCAAUCUAUCUAGCAGCAAUACGUCGCCCACGUCGGCCACUGCCAAUUGCAAUAACAUUAGCCCGCCUUCGUCGCAUUUGAAUAAUUCGACGCAUAAUGCCAAUUGGAAUAGCGAUUCGUGGGCCGACGGGGAGUUUGAGCCCCUGGAUGAAUCGGGAUUUGGAAACGCCAAACUGGACGAGGCUCGUCGCAAGCGGGAGGAGAAGAAGCUGCAGCGGCAGCGGGAACUGGAGGCGCGUCGCGCCCAACGGGCGAGCGGUCCUAUGAAGCUGGGCGCCAAAAAGCUUUAAAAGUAAUCAGCGGAUAACAGCUACGACAUUGUUAUUCAGCUGUUAUUUCCCUCGUACAUCUAAGCCCAAAGUGUAUUUUGUAUAUUUCUGUACGUGCGUGUAUGUCUCUUGUCCCGCUCCCAAUUUUUCCCGCUCUGUGUGUGCUUUGUGUUACCUUUGGGUACUGGUUAUUGCAUUAAAUGCAAUCUCAGUGUCUCUAGCCUCCACAUUUCGAUUCCGUAAAUAUAGCCGUAUUGUAUUUCUAAUGCUGGCACGAUAUUAGCUAAUAUAUUCUCAGCGUCUCUAACGAAAUUUCCGAAUGUAAAGCACUGUAAUUAAAAACCUGUAAUUUAUAUUUAUAUAAAACCAAAAACGAAUGAAGCAAAUGACAAACCAACCAACCAGUAGUUAGUAAAUUACUUCAAAUUUAUACUUUUAUUAAUCGAGUAUAGAACGGAGAAAACGUAUCGAAGAUAGGAUAUCUAACUAGGAGGGUCCUUGAGCGUGAAUGUCAGAGCAACGGGGGAUAAUCGAUAUCAGUGAGUGGAUAUGAGGUCCUUUUCCUAUCCUACUAUCAAAGAGUGAAUGGGGAUGUGCGUGUGUGUGAUUUCAAAAUUCAUUUUAGUCGCCCCUUUCCAAAGCUGAAAAAAACUUAAUGGAUUCCAUGCUCGAUUUUCUAGAAAGCGCUGAAGGGAAAAGUGAAUAUUUAACAAAAAAUCUAAACGUAUUUUUGCGAAUGGAGCGUAACCAAAAUUGUGAAUUUUAAUACAUAAAUAAUAACAAAUAUUUUUAUAUAGUUCAUAAUAAACGGGGAAACGAAUUAUAUAGAACCAACCAAAUAGAAACAACAGAAAUCAAGAAUCGCAAGCAAUUAUAGAAGGAAACAAUUUUAAAGCUUUUCAGAGAUACAUUUAAUUGUAGUAGAAUUGCACUUGUUAUAUAGAUGUCCUGGUUUGCCAUAAAUAGGAACGAUCAGGAAUGCGUUUUCCUCUCGGUUUAGGUUUACCUUUUUCGUUUUCUUGCCAUUUUCCGUUGAAGAGUUUUCGAAGUUUUCGAAUUUUACCCAAGUUUACCUAAGAACAGCACCAAGCGCAAGGCCAUUUUUUGCAUGUCAAACUACUAGUAGCGAUACACUUUUUGAAUGUCCUGUACAUACAUUUAGAUACAGAUACAGUUAUACAUAUACCUAACAUAUAUGCCGAUUUUUUCCAAUACCUCAAUAUCAGUGUACAAUUUUUCCAUAAUAUAUUUUUGAAAAUACAAACGAAACUAAAUAACCCAAAAAGGAAGGAAAUACGAAAAAAUAAGGAAUGAAAAAUGUUGACUUUUUGAAAUCUCAUUGUUGUCGCCGCGUCUGUUUGUUUGCACCUGGAGCAAACGCCACAUAUGUAUAUUUGUAAUUAAUGCAACUCGAUUCCAAUCCACGUCAGCCCGAUAUGCCCCGCCCCUGCCCCCCGCCUCCUUCUUCACAUUUAUUGGCAUUCAUUUUCUUACAACAAAUUCUCUCAGCAAAUUUAACAUUAGCGUAAUGAACUAUUAAAAAAAA